AUGGGCUGCAAUUUGUGCACUUUACAGAAACGGGAGGAACACUACAAGCUGCUGUAUGAGAUUGCACAGGUGAAUGGCAGGGACUACUCCAAGGCCAGCCAUGACGAGGUGGUGGAGGUCAUCAGGAGAGACCCCAUCGUGGUGCAGGUCGUCCGUCGCCAUGGCAACCCCGCCCACUCACACCAAACAUUACAGGAAGUUCACGUGGUGGACGUGUGCACGCAGACGGACAUCACUUUUGAACACAUCAUGGCCCUGGCUAAGCUGAGGCCUGCUACUCCACCUGUACCCGACAUCUGCCCCUUUCUGCUGUCAGACAGCUGUCACUCCAUCCACACAAUGGAGCAUGAAUUCUACGAGUGUCCGGAGUACCUCUCCAACACCCCAGCUGAAGUGGACAGGCCAGAGGAGUUUGAGUAUGAGCAGGUAGAGCUCUGUCGACUCAACAGUCAGGAGAAGUUGGGUCUGACCCUGUGCUAUCGGACUGACGAUGAAGAGGAUACAGCUAUCUACGUCAGCCACGUUGGACCCAACAGCAUCGCUGCCAGGGACGGGCGCAUUAGGGAAGGAGAUCGAAUAUUACAGAUCAACGGCUGUGACGUACAGGACAGGCAGGAAGCUUUCACUCUUCUGUCCAAUGAGGAGUCCAGGAGUAUCGUUCUCCUGGUGACCAGACCAGAGGAGGCGUGGCUGGAUGAGGAGCACAAUGAACUCCUGGAGGGGCUGAAGAUGGAGAUCCUUGAGGAGAGGAGGAACGAGGAGAUGCAGAAGACAGGAGGAGGAGAGGAGCAGGCCAAGCAGCUGGAGGAGGAUGACGUCAUGACAGACACGGCCACGUGUUCCUCCAAUACUCAGGACAAAGACAGCGGCUUGGGGACGGGGCGCAACGAGGAGAGCUCCGAACAGGAAGUCCUCCUAGCCCGUGUCCACCGGAGGCCUGCCCAGGGCCUGAGAGACCGAUGGAGGGCCAAGCAUGGCCAGGGGCUGGGCAGGAGGGUGGUGGUGCCCUCGGACACCCAGGGACCCAGGGGUCUGAUCCAAGCCCAGGAGGGUGAGGGCGGAGUGGGGUUAGGACUGGAGUGUGACAGCCGCUUCCAGCAGCUCCUGGAGCUCAAGUGCCAGAUCCGUAACAGCGGGGAGUGUGGUGUGUACUAUAGCAGGAGAAGCACCAUCGAGUGCAGCCUGACGGAGCAGAGCGGGGUGGGGGUCAGUGGUGGUGGAGGGAUGGAACAAGAGCUGCGGAUGUUGAACGAGGAGCUGAGGAGUAUCGAGCUGGAGUGUCAGAGCAUCAUGCAGGCCCACCAGCUCCGCAAGAACCAGAGGGAUCCCCCCUGCACCCCUAUGUGCUCCCCAGGACGAAGCCCCAAACAUGGGCGUGAGCAGCAUGCCAAGCUGGCCGAUAUCAACGAGCAUCCAGGGGAGAAGCAGUGGGACAGCGACAAGCUAAGAGGGGACAAGGACAGCUCCAGUGCCUAUAACACGGCUGAGAGCGCCAGGUCCACUCCUCUAGGCAUGGAGAGAUCCCCGGACCACUCUCUACAGAGACGCAUCAGCCUCACCAACCAGAAGAACCUCCGGAGCACCAUGGCAGCCUCCGGCCAGUCCAUCUCCAUCCACAUCCCAGACAGAGAGCUCCUGAGUGAGACCUCGACCGGGACCCCCACGCACAGCCGACAGGAUCCCAACCCCAGCCCUGGAACCACGGUCAUCUCCAGCAGCCCCGACCAGUCCAACCCUUCCCCCUCCGAGUCAGACCCGGCCCUGCCUGCAGACGACGAGCGCUGCGACCGCACCAGGAGCUACCGGGGGCCACGCAGGGUCCCUCCCUACCCGUCCCCUUACCACACAGCCCCCCAGCAGGGGCAGGGCGCCUCUCCAGCCCACGCCAGACACCUUCAGAGCUACAUGCAGCAGCUCCUCCAGCAGACCUCCAGUCUGGAGACCUACUCCCAGUCCCAGCUCAGCCUCCUCAGCGUCUGUCGGGACCGCUCCACCCGCCCAGGGGAACCACGCCUCGAGUGGAAGGUCAAAGUUCGAGCCGACGGGACGAAGUAUGUAGCCCGGCGACCAGCGAGGGACCGGAUUCUACGAGAACGGGCUCUGAGGAUCAGGGAGGAGCGUAGUGGAGGGAUGACCACGGACGACGACGCUAUGUCAGAGAUGAAGAUGGGGCGGUACUGGAGUAAAGAGGAGAGGAAGCAGCAGUUGGCCAGAGCCAGGGAGCAGAGGAGGAGGAGGGAGUACAUGCAGAGGAACCGGCUAGAGUGUCUCAGAGAGGGCCCUGGGAGCGGGGCCGAGGGCCGUAAAGAGGUCAACAUCCUGGAACUCAGCCACAAGAAGAUGAUGAAGAAACGCAACAAGAAGAUCCUGGAUAACUGGAUGACCAUCCAGGAACUAAUGAGUCACGGGGCCAGAGCACCUGAGGACCAGGGGACUAAACCAGUACACAAUGCCUUCCUGUCUGUUACUACAGUAUAG